AUGACUAUGCAAAUCAUCUCCGACCUACACUUGGAGUCGCCAAAAGCCUACGACAUCUUCGAGAUUGUUCCCAAGGCUCCUGUCUUGGCCUUGCUAGGAGACAUUGGCAAUGUUGCCGCUCACAAGGACGACUGUCUCGCCUUCUUCACCCAACAGCUUCGCCAAUUCCGCAUUGUCCUCUUCGUCCCCGGAAACCACGAGGCGUACGGAUCUGACUGGCCCAAGACCCUCGACAUUCUUCACGCAUUCCAAGAAGACGUGAACAACGACCCGUCCUUGGGACAAUUCGUCUUGUUGAACCGAACGGUCUUCCGAGUCCCUGACACAGACAUCGUCAUUCUGGGAUGCAGCCUUUUUUCUCACGUCCCUCCUGAAAGUCGCGACAAUGUGUCUAUGGGACUCAACGACUUUUUCCAGAUUCAAGAUUGGGAUAUCGACGCGCAUAACAAGGCACACGAGCAGGACCUGGCCUGGCUCAACGAACAAGUCGUCCCAUAA